AUUCGCUCCACAUGGCAAUCGUUGGAAUAAAUUGAACGUUGUUCUCGCCUACCCCACAUGGAUCCAGUUCCGCUUGAUUUGUGGUUGAAUGCAUCCCUGAUUGUCGAUCUGAACACCAGGAACUACAGCUGGUGUCAGACCUGUAGGACUGUUGGGCCGCGGACGAUGCAAAGAAUUCGCUGUGUGCUCCACCGGCUCCACCACGGCGGCUUGGUGUGCAACGGACGCCAGCGUAAACAAAUUGAACCAACGUACCUCUCUCAUGGCAUCGGGCGGCAAUGGGGGCGUCGAUCAAGAUGGACGUGGGCGUGGCGGGUCUCGGGGUCGUUGUACUCUGGUGCGUGCUUGCGGGCGUGGGCGCCAUCCGCACGAAACCCUCGUCGUUCGUGAGGAUGCUCAACGUCCGGCGGGCCGAGGUUGUGUUUGGCAUUGGCGUGCUUGCGUACCUCGCUCUUUUCGCCGCCACGGCGACGUGGGUCGGCGUUGGCGACGGGCACAAGGUCGUCUCGGCCGACAAGAGCAGCUAUCUCGGGCCGUUCGUCCUCGGCAAGCUUGCCAAGCUCUGCCUCGCGCUCAUGUACCUUCCUGUGCUCCGCUACCCCGGCCUCGACCGGUGGGUGGCGGGGCGCGUCCUGCCGUUUGAGCGGCGCCUCAAGUUCCAUCGCGUGUUCGGCGCUGUUUUUCUGACAGUCGCGAGCGCGCACGGGGCGUGGAUGGCGAUUCGCACGAAGUUCGGCCAUUUCUCGGUCGGCGGGGUCUCGCUUGCGGGCGCGGUAGCGCUCGGCUUGUUUGCGGUCAUGGGUGUCGGGGCAUUGCCCACCAUUCGUCGCCAUCACUUUGGAGUCUUCCGUGCCCUGCAUUGGCUCCAGGUCCCCGCCGUGAUCGCUGCGCUCGUGCACGUCCCAGGCAUCGCGCUCUACCUCGCCGUUCCUGGAUCGCUCUGGCUCGCUCUCCUAUUGGCCCGCACAGUGCGCGCGUGGCGUGGACGGCGGCGUGCCAAGCUCUCGGUGCUUCCCGGCGAAGCAACAGAAAUAUCCCUUAUGUGGCCCCACGAGUGGGCCGCACCGCGUCCGGGAAGCUAUGCGUUCCUUCGCGUCGGUUCGGUGGCGUGGGCGGCGUGGCAUCCAUUCUCGGUGGUCGAUUUCGAGCCGAGCACUCGGCACGUCCGGUUCAUCGUCAAGGUGGUCCACCACACGCAUGCCCAAUCGUGGACGGCGAAGCUGCACGCGCUCGCGGAGCGGGGCGCUAGUCCGAGCAUCUGGAUCGACGGGGCAUAUGGCGAGCUGAGCCUCUCGCAUGCCGCACUCGCGCAGUGCAGCCACGUGGUGCUUGUGGCUGGCGGAGUGGGCGUCACGCCCAUGGCUAGCAUUCUGCAGCACGUCGCGGACACUGAAGCAGACUCUGUGCAGCGCGUGACGUUUGUGUGGACGUCGCGCUCCAUGGCCGACGUGUGCACGCCGUGGAUCGGCUCCACACUCGAGCACGCAGGCCGGGUUCUCGGCCCCCGGCUCACGACCUCGUUUUUCCAUUCGGCGCCGCCGCCGUCACGGUCGAUCUCGUCGUCGUCGUCUGACUCGGCCUCCUCGUCCUCGUCCGCCAUCGCUACCUUCGAAUGGACGCCUGGUCGACCCGAUUUGGACCGACUGCUCGCCGAAGUGCAAGCCACUGGCUCGCCUGCACGGGCCGUCCUUGUCGCCGUGUGCGGGCCGCCGUCGCUUUGUGAUGCUGCCAUUGCAGCAGGAACUGAGCAUGGAUUUACUGUUCAUGUUGAGACCUUUCGAUUCUAGUCCUGCUAGCCAGAUCAAGGAGAAAGUCGUAGAUGAGCGGGGGGCCUAUUUUGGUCUCGAGCCACCUCUUGGGGGAAAUUGAGGUCCUGUCCUCGGCUACAACUCUCGCAUCUUUGCGAACCAUGUCCGCAAUUUUUUCCCGCUCCAUCGAAAUCGACUGUGUCGACGAAGGCACACUCGAGAAUCUCGAGUCCGGGAUGACUGACAGCGUGGCGACGGCGGACGGCGAGGAGGUGUCGGCCGACUUUGGCUCGCAUUCGAGCUCGAGCCAGAACGCUCUCCGGUUUUUCUGCUUUUCGGCGGCACGCUUGAGACGAAUUGAGGUCAAUCUGGUGCGAAGCGAGGUGAUGAACGAGCUCGGAGGAGUAGUGAUGGGCGUUCUCGGCGAGUGUGUGGCGGAGGCGCUUGUUGACCUCGAGCUCGCAUUUACCUUCCUUUCGUGGAGCAAGCGCGCCAGCGGGCUGCAGCGGCAACAGGGGAUGCCGGGCAGGUUGCAGUGUCGGGAGGAUUACGUCGCGCAGUGGUGGCUCGGCCAAGCAGCAGAAGCAGUCGCGGUUGUUUGGCAAGUGUGCGACCAGCACUUGGCUGGUGUAACAUCGCCGCCCUACAGGCCGACAGCGCCAAAAUCCUCCAGCGCUUCGAGAAGGCCAUCGUUGUGUUCCAAGCACGCCGCUAGUCCUACGGCGCAAAGCUCUCCUCGUGGUACUCGGUGUGCGGCAGCGCCCGCGCCGCCGCCCGGACAUCGUCCGCGAGCGACGCGAUGCCGCAGUAGAACACGCCCAGCGGCGUGGUGGCCGUGUGAUGUGCUGCAGCGUAGCCGAGCAUGUAGGGAAACUGAGGACGCCCGGCGGCAAUGACCGCGUGCGCCGCGAGGCUCGUCGGAAUAUCGUCUGACGACGGCGGCGACGCGCCUGAGACAAAGAUCCGGAUGUCGGUGACGAGCCGAUGUGGCGACGGCGAAAGCGCGGCAUUGGCCUGGCUCGCCAGCUCAGCAAGCAGCUCAAGCAGCCACUCAUAGUCGUCAAGCGAGCGGGUCACCCACCAGAACGAGAUCGUCUGCUCGCGCGCUAGCUCUCCACGCUGAGCCCUGUGGAUGAGGUCUGAGACAAUCGACGCGUACGGCGUCACCCCGAUGCCCGACGCGAUGAGGAUUGCGUGUGAAAACGCGGCCACGUUGCGCGAGUCAGUUCGGAACGGCCCGGCAACCCGGAUCGAACGCCCAAUCACACGGUUUGCAUCCUCAGCCACCGCCUCCACUACUCUGCACGUCCACGAUGAUGCGCCGCCGACGGCCUUAACGUACAGCGUGAUGUCGUCCGCCAGCGGCGACGACGCGAUGGAGAACGGAUGCCACUCGCGCCGCGCCAGCCACGGCAGGUUGAUCCAGACAAAAGUGCCCGGUGCGAGGUGCUUGUGCAUGGCGGGCGUGGCGCGGAACUUGAUGGCAACCACCCGGCCAGCAGUAAGCGCCGCGCCAGAGAUGGCGUGCGCUUUAAGCGAGGACGCGACUGAGAUCAUCCGGUGGACAAUGUAUGCGCCGAGGCCAAGGCCCGCAAACCAGGCCGUCCGGGACGUUGUCGGGUGUACAGCGGCGAUGGCCGUAGCGAGGAAGACCAGGUGGUGAACGCCGUAGAAGAGCUCAAACCAAACCUUGCGGACGAGCGGGAUAGAGAAGAGCGCCACUGUGGAGAAGAGCAUGAGGAGGAGAAGGCCCGAGAAGCCAAGCCACGUGGCCAGAAUCACCUCAAUGGCCGAGUCAGCUGUCCGAUACGUCGCCAAUCGCGACCUUGCCGGGAACGCCGACUCACGCUC